AUGGUUUCCGCAGAGCGUCAACAGAUCAUCGAGACGAACAAGUCGCUACGUCUCAUUAAGAAUGAACUUGAGUCCCUCCUGGACAAGGGAGUCAUAACCGAGGACGCCUACGACUCCAUUCACACCCUCCUGCCCGCCGAGGGCACCCUGGGCCGGCGCAACGCCGAGGCCGCGACGCCAGCCUCGUCUUCCAGCACCCCGGCCCCAGCAGCAGCCGCCACGCGCGCCCCGCCGCCAGCCGACGACCUCGCCAACCUCAGCAUCAACGACAACCACGCCACGCCGCCCUCCUACGCCCAGAGCAACCCCGGCGCCACCGCCGGCAGCAGGCCCCCUCCCCCGCCGCCACCCAGCAAGCCCGUCCUCUGCCACGCCCGCGCUCUGUACGCAUACCCGGGCAGCGACGUCAGGGACUGCGCCUUUGAGCGCGAUGACAGGAUUGCCGUGCAUGAGUACAUGAACCCCGACUGGUGGAUGGGCCGCAACCUCCGCACAGGCCGCGAGGGCAUCUUCCCCCGCAACUACGUCGAGCCCGAGCCCGCCCACGACGGCUACGCCAACGAAAAGUCGGCCGGCUACAACGCCUACAACGCCGGCCCGCCCCAGGGCCAAGCGGGCGGCUACUACGGCGGCGGCUACCCCCCGCAGCAACAGCAGCACAACCCGAACCCCUACAACAACCCUGCCCCUCCAAUGGCCAUCGCGAACCCCCAGCCCGCACAGCCCGAACCUCAACAAGCCCAGCAGCCCGCCGAGGGUGGCGGCAGCAAGAUGGGGGAGAUGGGCAAGAAGAUUGGAGGGAAAUUCGGAAACGCCGCAAUCUUUGGAGCCGGUGCGACGUUCGGUGGCAACAUAGUCAACUCCAUCUUCUAG